AUGGUAUAUGGGGUGGAAGUGUGGGGUUGGUUAGAGCAUGGUAACGUGGAAGGGGAGAAAGCACGAUAUCUGAGAUGGUCACUGGGCCUGGAGAGAUGCACACCAGGUUAUGUGGCCUUUGAGGAAACCAAGAGGGACAAGAUAAGGAUAAGGACCAAGCUGGCGGUUAACUUUGAAGAAAAGGAAAGACAAGGAUAUGGUCGGAGAAGAUGGGUGAUGGAAUGUAUUAAGGAAAGGGAGGGAAGAGGAACAUUGACAAGAGGGAGGUCGGAGAGAGAAGAAUACUUAAGUAGGUGUGGAGUACAAGAGGCGGAUCUGGAACAAUGGAGAGAAAGAGGAAGGUGUGUGGCAGAAGAGCUAAGUAGUAAAGAUAGAAGGCGACAAAGGAAAGAGCAAGAGAUACUAAUUGAGUGGGCCAGAUACAAUAAACGAUACAGGAGGAUCAAGGUGGCUGGGCUCCCAGAAUACUUGAGGAGGAAGGGGGAGAGUGGUAGUCAUAAAAGAAAGGCAAGGGCUAGAUGCGGGAAUGAGAAGUUAAAAAACAAGUACUGGUUGCGAGAGGAGGAAAGGAAUUGUAACGUAUGUGGCAGGGAAGAGAGUACUCUAGAACAUCUGAUGGAACGGUGCGUAUGGAAAAGUACUAGCAGAGUAGUGUUGGAUGAUAUAAUAGGCGAGAAGGAGACAGAAGGAAGUUACAGAUGGCUUAAGGAGCGGGAGGAUAAAAAGAAAGAGGAGAGUAGGAACAGAAGGGUUGCACAGAGUCAAGUAGGACAGGGGGUUAGGUUGUGA